ACUUGAAGCUGAUAAGUAUCUCUCAAAAGAAAUAUAUACUUGUCAUUCCUUUGAAACCAUUUUUGAAGAUUUUGAGAAGAUAUGAAACUAAGUGCAUGCUUAAGAACAAUGAGAGUAUGAAAUGAAAAAAAUUGGCUUUCUUCCAUUUAUAUACUUUUUGUUUCCUUUUCCAUGCAAAUAAAAUUUCUGAAUUGGCAUGCUAAAAUUCAUGCAAAACUGAAUGCUAUUUCUUCUUCAAACUCAAUGGUAAUCAAGAAGAAUUCUCUCAAUAGUAUUAACAAGACCUGCUAUAAAUUCUUACAUCAGCAAAGAAAAUUCCAGAAAACUGAAGAACUGAAAUUUCAAGGCUUUUAUAGAAGAAUAAAUAGAGGAAGACAUCCUUCCUGAUUUAUACGGCAUUGAAGCUUCAUAAAAUCAAAACAUUCAUGACAACCAAGAUGAGGUCAUUAUACCGUACUUAUUUUGUAUCGAUUUCAAGGUGUUGCUAAUAAUAUGGUGAUAGAACUAGCUUAAAAGUUCCGUCUGGCGACGAUUGCCAUUGAUACAAUUGUUACAGAAAUGCUUUCAAUGCAUCCUCCUUCUAUCUGUAUCUGGAGGUCAGAAUACCGUCCAUGACUCGGUCAACCCCAGGCUGUCAAUCAGAACAUCAGAACUUUCCCUCGGAGGAUUCGUUUCGCGCGAUAGUCGAAAGCAUUGUCUGGAGUCGCCAAUUGCGUGGCGUUCUUGGAAACUUCCCCCCUCUUUUGUCUUCGGCUCGGAUAUCGUUGCAUCUAAACAUGAACUAAUCUUUAAUCCCGAGGAGAAAACAAAUAGAAGCGUGCUUCUCCUCCAGGAAGCUCCCCGCACGAGAACAAAACCUUCACGAUAGACAAUGUUUCUGAUACAGGUUCAUUUUAUAGCUGCUGUCACCCUUCAGAAAAUCUAUUUAUAGGAAGUACCAUCAUGGCUUUGAGAACGGCGAAGACGACGGGUGGAAUAUUGUGGUUCUACCUACGCUUUCUAACACUUUUUACAGUUAGCAAAUCUACCUAUACAAAUUUGCAGCUUCAUAAACGAAUGGAUCCACUUCUACUAAAGCAGACAUUUCAUGUUGAAUCUUAUGACAAAGUUCCUCAUUACGAAGUGGUGCACGUGCGGACAUUGUCGAAGAGAAGUGCUGACGACGACGAAGUGAAACGCGUCCAUCUGUCCGCCUUCGGGCGCGACAUGCACCUCCACCUGCAGCGCAACGACGACUUUGAUGACCGACUGAAAAGCAUGAAAAUGUACCUAGCCGAGAGCACCAACAACGGCAUACAGUACAGAGAAAUGUCGACUGAGGAUGACGAUCCAGGAACAACCUAUCACGAUUUAGAUCAAAUGGCUGCUGUUACUAUUCGGCAUGGAGCGGAUGGAAAGAUUCAGAUGGAAGGUACGAUUGGAAAUGACCUGGUAGUGAAACCUGUGCCCACUGCAAUAUUGAUUCCCGAAGACGGCUUCGUGGACGACGAGAUGUUUCUUGAUGAAGAUGAAAGCUACGAGCGAAAUAGGAACAACAGCUUUUACACACAUCGUAAUAACGCUUCCAGUUCCGUUAGACAACCCUCAGUUUCUACCGCCAGGGGUGGAGCCCACUUCGUAUACAGGGGUCAGAUGAUGUCCAACGAUUCCCACAGUGACUUUUUACCGUUGGAUAACGUGCGCGGCCACUUCAACAGCCGUGCGGACACUGGGCCCAUGUACUCCCAUCGCAGCAAGAGGGCUCUGGCCUCUUCAUCCGUGUGGCCAGAAAUUCUCCUCUUGGUUGACUAUGGGAGCUUCGUUCUGCACGGUCUCAGCAGCAGACAUAUCAAGAGGUACUUUGUCAGCUUCUGGAAUGGGGUUGAUCUGAGGUACAAGGCUUUGUCAAAUCCGAAAAUCAGAAUAAGUUUAGCUGGAAUUAUUGUUGCAAAAAGCAAAGACGCCACCCCUUACCUAGAACGCAACCGACUUCCGAGUCCAAACCGGGAUGCCAUCGACGCUGCAGCAGCCCUCACCGACAUGGGCAAGUACCUUUAUUUGGAAGACCGCCUCCCGGCCUACGAUAUGGCCGUGGUCAUGACCAAACUGGACAUGUGCAGGAAACAGUUCGCAGGUGGUCGAUGCAGCAGGGGAACUGCAGGUUUUGCAUACGUUGGGGGCGCGUGUGUUGUUAAUAAAAGAUUAGAAAAGGUAAACAGCGUUGCAAUAAUUGAAGACAGUGGCGGAUUCAGCGGCAUCAUUGUAGCAGCGCAUGAAGUGGGACAUUUGCUGGGAUGUGUUCAUGAUGGCUCUCCUCCCCCAAGCUACCUGGGCGGACCAGGGGCUAGUCGCUGCCCAUGGGAAGAUGGUUUUAUCAUGUCCGAUUUGCGACAUACUGAUCGGGGCUUCCGAUGGUCCAAGUGUAGUAUCGAACAAUUCAAACAUUUUCUAAAUGGAGAAACGGCUUCUUGUUUAUUCAACUACCCGGAUGACAACAAGUUGUUGGAAAGGGAGUUACCCGGAACCAUGCUUACCCUGGACGAACAAUGUGAACGUGACAGAGGAACGCAAGCAUGCUUUAAAGACAGUCGAGUUUGUGCUCAGCUUUUUUGCUACGACAACGACUCCGGCUACUGUGUGUCGUUCCGGCCUGCAGCGGAAGGCUCUUCUUGCGGUGAUGGUCAAAUCUGCAAGAACGGAAAAUGUGUUGUGGACAACGAGAAUAUCAUCCCGGAUUACACCCACGUGACGAGAUCUAUAGUCAAUCGCGUCGACAAAGAAGUGUCCAAGCAGACGACCAGUCGGCCGCCCUCCCCAAACGUCAGCAAACCCCAAGCGCGGAACAACAGGCGGCCACACAGACCCUCCUACACAGGCAGGAACAAUGCAGUGCCUGCCCAGAAAGAUCCCACCUCCACUACCACAGCCAAAUCAGUUGCAACAGGGAAAGUUUGUGAAGACGCCGUAGAUAAACUGGCUGGAGGACUCACCUGCCAAGAAUUCCUGCAACGAUACGGAGACCGCUACUGCAGGCAUAGCUACAUGACGAAGAACUGCUGUUACUCUCACCAGAUCGUGUGUGCCAACACAUAGAUUCCUCGCAUCACUCAUUCCUUCACUGUCCAGGAUCAUCUCAUCGUACUUCCAACAUACGAAGAUGAGACAGUUUUUUAAGCCCAGAACGCACAAUUUUAUUCUGUGGGAUUUGAACGACGAAACUUUCACCAGAACACUGGCCUCAGAACGUCACCAAAUUGUGCGUUCGUUCAGACUAUUAGUAGUUCCUUACGUUCAUAAUGUGCUGUGUGUGUUGUCAGACUGAUCAUAUGUGUCGUUCAUACCGAAACAUGCAUCGUGAAAAUGCAGCGAACUUUUCGAAGCGUACCUUUGGAAUUUUUUUAAGGUACGAAAAUUAUGUGACUUUUUACUGUUUCCCCUCCCCCUUUUUUUUCUAUAUGUAACCGAAGAGUGCAGUGGCUUAUUCUUUUGUCAAUUUCAUUGAAGAGUCUUAUCAUGUCUCUGAAUAAUUGGCCUGUAAUAACUCUGAAAAAAAAUCUGAUUUUGGACAAUUUCUUUUGAGACAGGGUGUAUAUUUACAUAUUUAUUGGUAUACUGAUUUCAACUUUUUCCAGUAUUGCUUUGGUCUGUAAUCUUAUUAGAAGAAGAUUAAAUUUAAUGGAGAAAGAGUCUCAAAAGGUAGUAGCAAAAUCUUAUGGCAGAAUAUCCUGCACCUAUCAGCUGUCAAGAGAAACAUGCUAUAGAUGCAUUUUCAGGCACCCAAUUAUUCAGUAACAGUUCGAAUACGAAUCAUAUUUGAUAGAAGUUUCGCCGCUACUCUUUUAUUUCAUGUUUUAUUUUACCAAGAUUUGUUCCAAAACAACCGAGGAAUAUGCAGAAUGAACACAAAUUUAUUAGAAAUUCUGCAGCUAUAAAUCUAUCCUAGAAAUAUUAUAACGCAUAAUUUAUUUACUAAAUACAAAACAGUUAAUGAGAUAAAUGUUAAUUUAUUAUAUUCACAAAACAAUUUUUUUAUUCCUUUUUUAACAGACAGCACCUAAAUAAAGUAUUUUUUUAAAAAGAUGAAUUCUGUAUCUAGAAUUUAAAUUAAUUAGUUGAAAUUAUCCUGAUAUCAAUACUGCAAACAGAACAUUUAAUUUACAUUCACAUUCAUUCACGCUACAUUUAAUUUACAUUCACAUUCAUGAGUGCUUUUUUGAAAAUCCGAGCAGAUUCAAAUUUCUUGCAGGCUUCUUCAAAACAUUAUAGCAAGAUUAGUUAAUUAAAUCUGAUUUUUAAAAAUCAAACAUCAAAUGCUGAACCAGUAUUUGAUGUCCAAAAAUGAUUUGAUCCAUCCAAAAAAUAAACAAUAAAGGUUCGAAAAAAGUCUACAUUCCAAUCUUCAAAUUUGACAUACAAUUUGAAAAUCCUGUUUGUGUCAAACAGUAUCAGACAUUCAUUUGCAUUAUUUUGUUAUCAUCUUCAAGUUCUGUCUCCAUGUCAUAUUUAUGUAUUUCUGUUUUAAGGUUACUGUUAACAUAA